CUUAUUAACAUUAUGUGGUAGUUUGUAACAGUUGCUUCGAGAAUUUAAUCAUAUCAAUCCUCAAGAUGAUGAAGAAGGAAAGAUUUUUACAGACACACGAAAUUUGCUACAUCUGAAUGUCGCUGCAUGCUAUCUGAAAUUGGGAGAAUGCAAAAAGUGCAUUGAGACUUGCAACAAGGUUUUGGAUGCAAAUCCUGCACAUGUCAAGGGCCUUUAUCGUCGUGGAAUGGCCUACAUGACUGCCGGAGAUUUUGAAGAAGCCAAGGCUGAUUUCAAAAUGAUGAUGAAAGUUGACAAGUCAACUGAAUCAGAUGCAACUGCAGCUCUUCAAAAACUGAAGCAGAAGGAACAGGAAGUCGAGAAGAAGGCUAGGAAACAGUUUAAAGGCCUAUUUGAUAAAAAGCCUGGAGAAAUUGCGGAAGCUAAAGCUGAUGAUGAUGAAGAUCAAAUAACAAGCGAAAGUCAGCAGAAGGAUGAAGCACAUGGGGACUCUGAUGAAACAAAUUUCGAGGAUUCACAUGAAGGUCCACCUGAGACACCUCGAACUAGGUGGUUCUCUCUCUUUUGGCCUUCUGGUAGAAGACUUUUUGAAUCUCUUGGGCUUAAUAGAUGUGCCAUACUUUAAUUUAACUGCAGAAACAUGUGGUAGUUUGUCAUACAAUAUAAUUUAUAAAGAAGGCAUUCCAGAUCAUUUUAACUUAAAGAGUGAGAGUUUAGGUA